AUAUCGAUAGUGCGAUGAAACCGAUGUUCUGAAAAAUAGUUUCAUCGAUAGUAUUUGGCCAGCACUAGCUGUCGCGCGUCCCCAUUGCCGCCAUUUAAAAUAAACAUCGUGCAACAUGGAGGACGUAAUGGGCGUACUUGGUUCGCUGUCGGACCUGCAGCGCGAAUUGGAGGUGCUGCGUCAAGCCCAUUUCCAGGAGCUGGACCAGCUUUUUUACGGCCUGGGCUCCACGUCUGUGAGCCAUGACGCGGAGGCCACUGCAGAGGAGAGUGUCCCAACAGCCAGGAGCGGAGGAUCCUCGGUGACACCGCAGCAAACCAAGAAGCGCGCCAAGCGACUCUCCUCUCUGGUCGAGGACAAGGACGAGCUCGAGGGUGAGUAUCAUCCCGGAGUCGGAACGGACGCUGAGACCAGUACUGACUUCCGACAAUCGUCAGCCAACUCGUCAACUCGACAGAGCACUCGGGUCAACAACUCCCAGCUGCUGGCCAUCGCCGAGGGCAACCUGAAUACUACGGCCUCCCUAAUGCCACCGCCGCCUGUACCGGCUGUGACAGACAUCACCUUAAACUCUGGUCGGCCACAGCGCGCCGCCAAGCUGAAGUCCGAGAAAUUGCUCAAAGAGCCUUCGCUCAACCGCAAAAUGCGCCGCCCCAGCCAGGAGGAGAGCAUCCGCGUCAAGGUGGAGAGCGAGCAACGGCCAUCGCAGUUCAACAGCUCCACCAGCAGACAGGCCAACGCGGAAAAGGUGCCACAGCAGCAGCCAGAGCAGGAUUCUGUACUUCCCGCUCCAAAAGAGACGGAACCCGUAACCGAUCAGCCGCCGGAGGAUAUAAAUACCUCGAAGAACCUGAUCGUGAAGAUCAAGCGCGAGAAAAUGAGUAGCGAGAGCUUGGCCCCAGCCACUGAAGUCACUGCCUCCUCCACUGUCAUUCUGGAGGCUACGCAGGCUGCCCGGCCGAAUGAAACGGUUUCCAGCAAUACGACAGCCACAACAGAGCCCGGCAAAAAGUUGCGCAAGAAGAAGAAGGACCUCGCCGAGUGUCAUAAGCCCAUUAAGAUCGAGCGCUUCAGCGAUCUGGACAAGGAUUCGCCGGUGUCCUCACGCACGCGCAAGGGCAGCACAGAGUCGCGUGCUAACCAGGAACAUUCCAUCUACACGGAUGCACUAGAAGGACCGCCAUCAGCCGAGACAGUGGCGCCAAGUAACGCCACCAUGGUUAUUGGUCCUGCCCCCACCACGGACGACAGCCCACGUGGACCGGCUGCGGAUGCCACCUUUGAGGUGCCUCCCGAAAACAAGAAGGCGCCGACUAAACAGGACAGCCUCCUUACCGAGGAUGAGUCGCUGGAGGACAAACUGCCCGUGGCCAAGACACUCUCGAACAUCAAGGCGAUGAAGUUGCCGGCUCGCGCCCACGAGCUCUUUAAUCCGCUACUGCAGAGUCCCGUGAAGAUGCGCGUGGAGGCAUUCGAGAACGCUGCUCAAGCGCAGACCAAUCUGCGUCCCAAGCGGACUAAGGAUGUGCAGGGAACGCCGGGAUCCAGCAUUACGCCCAAGGUAGGCAGACUGCCACCUCCGGUGGUGGGGCGCUUCUACACGCCUACACAGACGAGCAGCAUGCUGCCGGCGAGCUCGGCGAUGCCCAAGAAGGCACCGGCUAGUGCCUCCAAGGCUACAACGCUGAUGAAGACGGCAACCGGGACAAACCUUAAGUCCACCAACUCGAGCUCCACCAAGUCGCUGGUGCGCGAAAACAGCGGCGACGACUUCCGCAAGGGACUGCACAAUCUGGCUGAGGAGCGCAAGAAGAUGCGCGAACUAAAGCAUCAGCAGGCCGCCCAGCAACGCGAGGCCAAGGAUCGGGAGCGGGCUGAGCGCAUGGCCAAAUUAACCGCUGAGCGCGCCAAGAAACAGGAGGAACGCAAGCGUAUAGAGGAGCGCAAGCGUCAGGAGACUGAGGAGCAGCUGCGCAAGAUGCGCCAGCAGGAGGAGGCCGAGGCCCUCAAGAAGGCAAAGUUGAAGGAGCUGGAGCAGCAGAAGUUGCAGCAACUGACCGGGGCAAAGGCCAAGAAGAUGUUGCCGCCGCCGCCGAAAACGAAGUACACUUGGGAGAUGCUUCACGAGGAUGACUCAACAGACGACGAAGGCAAGGUCACCCACAAACGGCCACCUGCGCCCACCUGGAGUCGCAGUCAUGUGCGGGGAGACGCGAUUCUCAUGCAGAGCCACGUCCCCACCGAAAUCAUCGACAGUUUCUUCUCGGUGGCGCCCACCACUCCGGACCUGAAGGAGAUAUUCCCGAACAUCGAUCCCAGCCUGCUGAGGCGGAACUCCAGCGUACUGUGGUCUACACCGCCGCGCUACUCCGAGCUGCCGAAAUACUAGCCCAGUAGUUCUGUUUUUCAUUAUCGUAAUCGUACAUCUUUAUUAUUGAAUAAAUAAAGUUAAUUGUCAAAAUUA